CUCCCGCUUCCUUCCUGCGCACCCAGCGCCGGGCCCGCACCGCCGCCGCCCCGCGGAGCGCACGCCAUGACAGCGUAGGCAGGCGGUGAGCCAUGGAUCGCUUCACGGAGUGCGGGACGCAGACGGACGCGGUGGUGGUGCUGUCCCUGGCACAGGCCGCGGUCCUGGGCUUGGUGUCGGACAAUGAGCUGCUCGGUGCCACCGUCAGCCCCGCUGGCUUCUUCCCGGCGCUGGGUGAGGAGCUGCUGGACACAGGGGAGCCCGAGGGUGAGGGUCCUGUGGCCGCGGAUGGGCAGGAGGAGGAUGCCCUGGAGCCAGGGUCCCCCCUGGAGAAGCAGGCACGGAGGAGGAAGCGGCCUCCGGUGAGGCUGGUGCCCAAGGUCAAGAGCGAGCAGGCGGAGGAUGAGGCUGCACGAGAGGAGCCGGUGGUUGCAGAGGAGGAGGAGGAGGAGGAAGGCAGGCAGCAGCAGCAGCAGCAUCAGCAGCAGCAUCAGCAGCAGCAGCAGCAGCAGCAGCAGCAGCAGCAGCAGCACAGCCGUCGGGCCCCGCAGCAGGACCCCAGCCUGGAGCACACGGUGCAGAGCAGUGCAGUGAAGAUGAUAGACCUGGGUUCCCUCGGCAGGAAGCCGCGGCGGCUGCGGCACCUGCGCCGGCACCUCGAGCUGCAGGGCUCCAAGCGCCGCAUCGGGGCCGGUACAACCGAUGGUGCCGCGUCCCCCGGUGAGGCACCCGCAUCCCCCGAGCCCGUGAAGAGCGAGCCUGGCUGCGGGUGGCAGGAGCCUGGUGAGCUGGAGCCGUCCGGAGCCACCAGCGAGCGCAACAAGAAGGCGCAGCUGGACCGGCUGGACAUCAACGUGCAGAUCGAUGACUCCUACCUGGUGGAGGCCGGUGACCGGCAGAAGCGCUGGCAGUGCCGCAUGUGCGAGAAGUCCUACACCUCCAAGUACAACCUGGUGACCCACAUCCUGGGCCACAACGGCAUCAAGCCGCACUCGUGCCCGCACUGCAGCAAGCUCUUCAAGCAGCCCAGCCACCUGCAGACCCACCUGCUGACCCACCAGGGCACGCGGCCCCACAAGUGUGGGGUGUGCAGCAAGGCCUUCACCCAGACCAGCCACCUCAAGCGGCACAUGCUGCUGCACAGCGACAUCAAACCCUACAGCUGCCGCUUCUGCGGCCGCGGCUUCGCCUACCCCAGCGAGCUGAAGGCGCACGAGGUGAAGCACGAGAGCGGGCGCUGCCAUGUCUGCGUGGAGUGCGGGCUGGACUUCUCCACGCUCACCCAGCUGAAGCGCCACCUCUCCACGCACCAGGGCCCCACGCUCUACCAGUGCCUGGAGUGCAGCAAGUCCUUCCACUACCGCAGCCAGCUGCAGAACCACAUGCUCAAGCACCAGAACGUGCGGCCCUUCGUCUGCACCGAGUGCGGGAUGGAGUUCAGCCAGAUCCACCACCUCAAGCAGCACUCCCUCACACACAAGGGCGUGAAGGAGUUCAAGUGCGAGGUGUGCGGGCGCGAGUUCACCCUGCAGGCCAACAUGAAGCGGCACAUGCUGAUCCACACCAGCGUCCGCCCCUACCAGUGUCACAUCUGCUUCAAGACCUUCGUGCAGAAGCAGACGCUCAAGACCCACAUGAUUGUGCACUCACCGGUGAAGCCAUUCAAGUGCAAGGUCUGCGGGAAGUCCUUCAACCGCAUGUACAACCUGCUGGGACACAUGCACCUGCAUGCGGGGAGCAAGCCCUUCAAGUGCCCCUACUGCUCCAGCAAGUUCAACCUGAAGGGCAACCUCAGCCGGCACAUGAAGGUCAAGCACGGGGUGAUGGACAUCAGCCUGGACAGCCAAGAUCCCAUGAUGGAGCUGGCUGGGGCCGACCACACGGAGCUGGAUGGGCAACAGGAGAUGGAUGACUUCGAGGAGGAGAACUCUUAUGGCUAUGGGGGGGUGGGCAACCCUCCGGACGAGCACACCCUGACGGAGCAGGCCAUGAAGGAGAUGGCAUACUACAACAUGUUGUAGCGCAGGAGCAGGCUGCCGGGGCUGUGUGGAUGCUGUGUGCUAAGCGGAGGUGAAGCACCGACCAGACCCGCACCAACCACCCCUGGAGGGAGGGCUCCGGCUGGGGUUGGUGAGGGAUUGAACAGCACUGUCCAAAGCCUUUGCUGGUGGCAGCUGCCAUGGGCACAAUGGGUGCAGGGGGGGCUCAGCCCUGGUCUGCUGCUGCUGGAGCUCUCACCACUGGGGGGGGUCCUGCCUGGAGCGGUUAUGGCAAAUGCCUCCAGCUCUGCCCUUGCUUUGCCCUGCUCCUGCCCUGGCUCCUGCGCACCAGGCUGAGCCAGGACCAGCCCCAGCCCCGGCACACGCUGAGCCGCAGGCAGGGCAAGGCGCAUCCGGACAAUGCCGUGUUACUGAUUCUACCUCCUGGCGCUGCCCCACGGCCGUGUGGGGCUGCAGCCCCAGCCCUGAGCUCGCGGGGGGCAGGAGGGGCCGUGGGUCUGGCUGCAGGCCGUGGGGCAGGUUCGGUGCCGCGGUGCCGGCUGUGGCGAUGCCCCCGAGCAAUGAGCCUGGCUGGAAAGUAAUUUAUUUUUGUCAGACGUGCCCGUGGUUGGGUUCAACUUUCACCAUGUUCAGUUCCCUUCAACCAAUGUGCUUUGUAAA